CGGGCAAAGCGGAGGGCAGGAGCCCGGCCGGCGGGUGCGCGCUCCGGGGCGCGCGGGGAGCGAGGCGCGCGCCAUGGAACAGCGGUUAGCCGAGUUCCGAGAGGCCAGGAAACGGGCAGGGCUGGCGGCCGAACCCAACACUUCGAGCCGGAGUGCACAAACCUCAGGGAAGAAGGCGGAAGCAGCUGCGACUCCAAAGGCAGCUCCAGGCUGGCUAAAACGGUUCCUGGUGUGGAAACCGAGGCCCGCGAAUAUCCGGGCCCAGCCCAGCCUCGCUCAGGAAGUGGCUCAGCUGGGGAGCAGCACGUCACAGCCACCACGGAACACAGCCAUUCCUCUGCCUUCAGCACAGGACCAGUCUUUCCUGAUCAACAUCACCUUCUUGAAGGUUCUUCUCUGGUUGGUCUUGCUGGGAUUGUUUGUGGAACUGGAAUUUGGCCUGGCCUAUUUUGUCCUCUCCUUGUUCUACUGGAUGUAUGUCGGGACACGAGGCCCCGAAGAGAGGAAAGAGGGAGAGAAGAGCGCCUACUCGGUAUUCAACCCAGGCUGCGAAGCCAUCCAGGGCACCCUGACAGCAGAGCAGUUGGAACGCGAGUUACAGUUUAGACCCCUCGAGGGGAGAUAGGCCCUGCUCUCUUGCAGCUAGCCUCCCACAUGGCUCCCUCAUAGCCUCUGGACAUGGGCUCGUGGGUUUGAUUUCAAGUGCCCAAGACCUUAUAAGAGCAGCUUGCAGGUUAGUUCUGUGGCUGUGAACUUCUGCAUUCUUUCCCCAAUCUUCUGCUGCGGUUUUAUCAUUGAACUUCUCUUUGGUUUUGGUGAAACCCCUUAAAUGACACUCAGUG